AUGGCGCCCCGCCGAAGAGCCGCAGACUCCAGCGCCUCCCGCAGAAGCAACCAAGCAACUCUCCAAUUCGGCACUCAAGCAAAGAUAUCAAAGCCAUUUUCAGGCGCAUCGAUACCCGGAAAGGAAUCUAAGAAGGCAUCUCCCUCUCCCAAGGAAAUAUCUCUCCCCACGCAUCUACCGCCGGCAGAAGCAGCAGCAGCAGCAGCAGCCGCAGCAAAACCGCAUGAUGACCAUUCUACCACCGAGCCCGAGGCAACUCCGGCGUCAACAACUUCGACCGCCGUCGUAGAAGAGCAGGCUAGGGCUGAAGCAGCGCAACCAAAAUCCAAGGAAGACCAGCGAGCGGAAGCGUUGACAAUAAGAGAUUUGGAGAAUUAUUGGCGGGCGGAAGAGAAUAAGCGGACGGCACCACGAGUGCAUCAGAAAUACAUAAGCAUGGAGGAGAGGAUUCUACGACACUUCGACCUAUGCAACCAAUAUGGCCCCUGUAUUGGAAUCGCACGGAUAAAGCGUUGGAGACGGGCCCAUAUGCUGGGUUUAAACCCACCACUUGAGGUUCUUGCGGUUCUGCUCAAGGAGGAGACACGAGAGAGGGCCAGUGAGAAGGCGUAUAUAGAUGAGUUGCUAUCAUGA